AUGCGGAUGACAGCCAACGUGCUGGAGAUCCAGGGCCAGUUCAUGUACUUGCCGGGAUGCAUGAUCGUCUCCUUCGACGACCCGCUCACCAGGACCGCAGAAGUCCACAUGAUUUCGGUGGUGCCGGGGUUAGAAUUGGGACGUCUAGCACGCACGCACAACAUCUAUAAAAACGUAGUCCAUGACCGAAUCAGCGUUGAAGAGGCCAUCAGCGAACUCAACCAGCUCAUGGAGCGUAAAAGUCGCUACCAUAGCGCAUGGAGCUUGAUCUUCCUGUCCGGGUUAGCCAGUGUCGCCGUCGGUCCCUGGGCCUUUGACGCGCGACCCAUCGAUAUGCCGAUUAUCUUUGUCCUCGGCUGCCUUCUCGGGUUCAUGCAGAACGUGCUGGCCCCGGCGUCACCCGUCUAUUCCAAUGUCUUCGAGGUCAGCGUCGCGAUUUUAAUGUCCUUUCUGGCCCGUGCAUUUGGCAGCAUCCGAGUUGGGGGAGAACCGGUGUUCUGUUUUUCCGCUCUGACCCAGUCCUCCAUUGCGCUGAUCCUGCCUGGGUUCUCCGUUCUGUGCAGCAGUCUCGAGUUGCAGUCCCAUCAGAUCGUGGCUGGCUCGAUCCGAUUAGUUUAUACGAUCAUCUAUUCUCUCUUCUUGGGUUACGGCAUCACGGUGGGCAUCACGAUCUACGGUCUCCUCGACAGCAAUGCCACCACAGAGUCCUCAUGCCCCUCCGAGAGUCUCUCCAUCUAUGGUAACGAAUACAUUCAACACUUUGUGUUCGUCGCGAUCUACUGUGCGGUCGCCGCGGUGCUGAAUCAGGCCCGGUGGAAGCAACUCCCGGUCACGGUAUUCCUAGGUGUGAGCGGGUACGUAGCGAAUUACUUCAGCCAGGCGUUGGAUAGUCGACUGGCCAGUACGAUUUCCGCGUUUGCCAUUGGGCUGCUUGCCAACUUGUAUUCGCGUCUGUGGCAUGGGCAUGCGGCGGCGGCCAUUGUUCCAGGCAUGUUCACCUUGGUCUCGUCGGGUUUAGCGACGAGCGGAUCUAUCAUGUCGGGGUUGGCCUACGCUGAGUCGGUUAAAAAUAAUACAGUCUCUAAAGCGUCCACCUCCAACACGGCCGUGCAACAAUCACUGUACGGUCUGGGCCUCAGUAUGGUCCAAACCGCCCUCGGAAUCACUGUGGGUUUGUUCUUUUCGGCUUUGGUCGUGUAUCCCCGCGGAAAACAGAGAAGCGGACUGUUCAAUCUUUGA